CGCACUUAUAUAGGCUCCCGCGCGCUUUGCGCUGCCCAACCCAUCUUCUCCGAUACCCAAAUCUCCCGAACCCUAACCCUCUCUCCCUCCCGCGUCCGAUUCAAAACAUAUUCAAAACCUCGAUUACUUUCAGGGCUUCAGGGAUCUUCCAUGCCCCCAUAGCCCAGUCCAUGCUAAGCUUCCGCCACCGACGAUCUGGAUACCAAGAUGGGUGCACUCACCGAUCAACGAAAGCGCAGCUCCGCUGACCUGCGCCUUCCCAUCUCUUCCGCUUCUCCAAAGAAACCCCGUCUUAUUCCGCCCUCGUCGUCCCCUAUUUCAUCCAAUAUCCCGCAGCCUACUCCCUUUCGCCGCCUAGUUCACGCACCACAACGCAUUAUCCGCGCCUUUGGUCUCGGAUCCUCGUCAACCAGGAAAUGGAAGCCCUCAAGCAUAGCGGAGAUGGGGAAUUUCUUUUCUCAACUCAGUGGAAAGAAGCAGGAUGAGAUGUUUGCACUGGAAGAGUACAAAAAGCUGGUGGAGGAACAAUCUGGCUUUCCUGGCGAUGAGGUUGGUAAGGUGAGCUCGCUUCAGCCAAAAUCUCCGGAAUUGUCAACAAGAAAUGAAACGGAGAUAUUGGAUGGUUCAGAUGCCUUAAGCCAAAAGGUGGAGGAUGGAGGAAUGUUAACAAUAAAUGAAGCGGAUAUUUUGGAUGGUUCGGAUGUUGUUAGUGAAAAGGUGGAGGAUGGAAGAAAUAUGGCGUUAGAGUUGGUGCACAAGAGGGAGGAGAGGAUCUUGGUGAAGAAGGAACCUCUGUACAAGGAGUUGUAUGAGAAGGCUAAGAAGCAUGAUACCAGAUUAAAUAGCUUGAACUUUGAAGUGGAAGUGUUGUAUAAGAAGGUCAUUGGGUUCCGUAUUGAGGCGGAGUUGCUGUGGAAAAGGGAAGAGAAACCAAAAGAGAAAAUUGAGGAACUUUUUUACCCUCUCACGGCUGAAGAAGAGGAAGAGAUCUCUAUUGCUCUGUUUAGUGGCAACAGCCAUAAAGUUUUAGUAGCGCAUGAAUCCUCUAACAUUCAGAUUACGAGAGAGGUCUUGCAAUGCUUGAGACCGGGUGCUUGGUUGAAUGAUGAGGUCAUUAAUCUGUACUUUGAGCUAUUGAAGGAGAGGGAAAAAAGGGAGCCCAAAAAGUUUUUGAAAUGUCAUUUCUUUAACACCUUUUUCUAUAAAAAGCUGACCAGUGAGAAGCAUGGCUAUGAUUUCAAGGCUGUGAAAAGAUGGACUACGCAAAGGAAGUUGGGUUAUGCUCUCAUUGAGUGUGACAAGAUUUUUGUACCCAUACACAAAGAAAUUCAUUGGUGUUUGGCAGUUAUUAAUGUUAAGGAUGGAUCUUUUCAGUAUCUUGACUCGUUGGGUGGCUUGGAUAAUCAUGUGCUGAAAAUGCUGGCAAGAUAUUUGAAGGAUGAAGUAAGGGACAAGAGUGGCAAAGAAAUUGACACGCUAUCCUGGAAGAAGGAAUUUGUAGAUGAACUUCCUUUACAGAAGAAUGGGUGGGAUUGUGGAAUGUUUAUGCUCAAAUAUGCGGAUUUCUACAGCAGAGGUUUGAAGUUGCGCUUCAGUCAGGAACACAUGGCUUAUUUCAGAAAGAGGACAGCUUUGGACAUACUUAGAUUGAAAGCUGGAUGAGAUUGGUCAGAUCAAUUAAUGGCUUCCCUUUGUUUUUCUGCCUAAUGCCUAAUGGAUGCUUACAGAUUGAGGAUCCAAGUGGAGAAUAUAUCCUUCCAGAUUCCAUGAUUUGGUUCCAGAAAGCCUCAAUGGAGAUUCCUCACUUGAUUUAGUAUUUGCAGGCAAGGUACUUUUUUUUAAAAAAAAUUGAUAUUUUCCUGUUUUACACACUGUAUGUUCUUGGUUAAUAGAUCAAAUUUGGAUCAAUAUUCUGAUUCAAAUUUGGUCAAAAUGAGAUUUAGUUUAAGAGUGUAAUACAUAUUUUGAUUGAAAGAAAAUACAGUUCUUUUCUGCCACAUUA